AUGUGCGAGGAGAUUUACGAUUGCACAACCGUUCGUGAUGUUGAUGGAAAAUUCAUCGUUACUCUUCCCAAGAAAGAGCACAUAAUAAGGCAGUUGGGAGAUUCACAUGAUAUCGCAUUGAGGAGGUUCCAUGAUCUCGAAAAGCGUUUUGCAGCAGACAAUAAUUUGAAGACUCAAUAUACCGAAUUCAUCGAAGAAUACUUGGCAAUGGGACAUAUGAUAGAAGCGCCUGAAGAAGAUUCCAGACAGCCUUUGUACCAUUUACCGCAUCAUGCUAUCAUAAAACCCGACAGCACCACGACCAAGCUACGGGUCGUAUUCGACGCUUCCUGUCGCACUUCAACAGGAGUCUCGCUAAACGACGGACUCAUGGUUGGACCAGUUGUGCAGGAGGAUUUACUCUCCAUCGUAUUACGAUUUCGAUUCCGAAGGUUCGCUAUCAUAGCCGAUAUUGCGAAAAUGUAUCGCAUGGUGAAGUUGAAUUCAGCAGAUCAGCCACUCCAGCGCAUUCUCUGGAGAAAAUCUGCCAACGAACCGGUAACCACCUUCCAGCUGACGACAGUCACAUAUGGCACAGCCUCCGCACCAUACCUGGCGACGAAGUGCAUUCAACGGUUGGCGAAUGAUGCAAAACACACACAUCCUUUAGCAGCAGAGGUGGCUCGGAAGGAUUUUUAUGUAGAUGAUCUUCUGAGUGGUACAGACAGCAUCGAAACUGGAAAUCAACUUGUCUGCCAACUCAUCGAUAUGUUCAACUCUGCCGGAUUCAGUUUGAGAAAGUGGAGCUCUAACAAUUUGGAGCUUAUCGAUGAUGUUCCUUCAGAACUUCGCGAUAAUCCCUAA